AUCCUACUUGCAAGCUGAUCGUCACUAAUCCCAGUGCUCAGUCGUCAUAGGAAUCGGACAAACUAGGUGGAAUCCAUGUCUGUGGUGGCCUGUGGCAAGCACGAUCCAGGAUGUGGGGGGAUUAGAUGAUGCUACUUGACGUAAGAAAGCAGCUGAAGCUGUGUGUCUAACCGGGCUUGAUGGGUACUUAAGUUCGGGAUCAGUAUCACUGGUCGAUAUGUGCCUUUGAAGGCACCGUCUGGACUGGAGUGCAGUUUUUUGAGGAGUUGGGUUGCGCGUUGUUGUUGUUUGGACAGCAGCGGAGCUUGAUAGGAAAGGUGAGGUGGUAGAGAGUGAAGAUGGGGAUUCCGUCGUUUGUGGAAUCUGAGCACAGGCCGCUGGUGUUUGCGCUGAAUGGACAGCGCGUGGAGCUGUCUUCGGUGGAUCCAGCCACCACUCUCCUCUCGUACAUUCGCAGUGAGACACCUUUCAAAGGCACCAAGCGAGGGUGUGGCGAAGGUGGCUGUGGAGCAUGUGUGGUAAUGUUGGCGAGGUACAACCCUGUCACCAAAGAAGUCAAGGAAAGUUCCGUUAAUUCGUGCUUGGUGUUACUCUGCUCCAUCGACGGCUGCGCCAUCACCACGACAGAAGGCUUGCGCGGCGGCGGAAACAACCUCCAUGCUAUCCAGAAGCGCAUCUCAGCGUUUCACGGUUCACAGUGCGGCUUCUGCACCCCCGGCAUGACAAUGGCCAUCUACGGGUGCCUCAAGCACGAUCAGCAGCAGCAACGCUCAUUAACACCCGUUGGCGACAGAACUCACUCCAAACCAAGCUGCGAGAAGCUUGAGAGAGCUCUUCAAGGAAAUAUAUGCAGGUGCACGGGAUACAGACCUCUUCUCGAUGUGUGCAAAUCUUUCGCAUGGGAUGUAGACCUUGAAGAUUUGGGCCUCAACACCUGCUGGGCCGACAAAUCUGGAGCGAAGGAGGAAAAUUUGCCACCCUAUGAACCGAAUGCCGAUCCCCAGUUCCCUAAGUUCCUAGUCGAUGAAUUAGAAGCUCGAAAGGUGCCUUCAGAGCCUACUCAAACGGAGACUUUGCAGAGCGUUGGCGAGAGGUUCAGGCACGUUGAAAGCAGCAAUGAGGGGAAAAGAGAGCGUUUGUGGGUAACUGCGAGCACCUUGAAUGAAUUGCGUGAGAGGUUGCACGUACUAAAUCAAACCAACCAGCAGUUGAAGCUGGUGGUUGGUAAUACGAGCGCUGGUAUCUACAAAGACCUCAGACCAGAUGUUUUCUUGGAUAUUAGCCAGAUACCCGAGCUCCUGACACUUCGGCGAGACGAUCACGGUCUCGAAGUUGGUGCCGCCACUCGCAUUGCCGAGCUUAUCGACUGCUUGGAAAGUUUUGGAGCUGGGAAAUCGCCCGUGGCUGAAGGCUUAGCAGAGCAUUUGAAGAAGCUUGCAGGAGGCCAUGUCCGCAAUUGGGGUAGUGUGGGAGGUAAUCUGGUUAUGGCACAAAAAUUUGCGUUUGCUUCGGACCUCGCCACCAUUCUCCUUGGUGCAGGGGCCUCAGCCAGGGUUGUGGACUUGGGAGGUGCUCAUCCGAGUGUGGCAGAGCUUCCCUUGGAUGAUUUCUUAGCGAAGGGAGCACUUGGAAAUAACAGUAUUCUGCAAUCGGUUCACAUCCCUCUUGUGGCAUAUUCCAGGGAGGUUGUGUUCAAAACUUUCAGAGCAGCUCCGAGGCCUUAUGGUAACGCGGUCUCAUUUUCCAACGCCGCUUUCUUGGUCCAUAUUUCAAGAGAGAGGGAGGAAGUUGUGAUUGAAACAGCUCGCCUAGCUUUUGGUGCAUUUGGAACGAAGCAUGCGAUCCGGGCUUUGAAAGUAGAGGAGCUUUUAAAGAGCAAAACUUUGAGCUUAUCCUUGGUGAAAGAAGCUGUGGAGGCUUUGAAGAAGGAAGUGGUUCCGCUUGAAGGGACGAGCAUGAAAGAGUACCGCACAAGCCUGAAUGUUGGAUUUCUCUUCGACUUCCUUAAUUCCCUCCUUUCCGGAGAGCCAACCGUGACUUCCACUCAUCUCUUCCCUCACGUCGGAAAGCAAAACUUCACUCUCACCGAUGACCGAUUCCCUCUUUCACAACCUAUAGCGAAAUUCCUGUCUCAGAAUCAAGCAUCUGGAGACGCAGUGUAUGUGGACGACAUCCCUUCACCUCCUCACUGCCUACACGCUGCGUUUGUGUUGAGCUCGGAGCCUUAUGCAGCCUUUGAUGUUGACACCGCGGCCGCACGAGAUUCAACGGGAGUAGUCACGUUCAUCUCAGUAGACGACAUCCCCGGAGAAAAUAUCGGAAUAAUCAACCCUUACAACGGGGCCAAAGAAAUUUUAUUUGCGGGUGGAAUUGUGUUCUAUGUUGGUCAACCCUUAGGAGUAAUGGUUGCAGACACAUACGAGCACGCACAAUUAGCCGCCGGGAAAGUGAAUGUAGACUAUGAUACUCACAGCUUUGGAGCUCCCAUAAUGAAUUGCGACGAGGCUGUUGCCAAGGAUUCUUUUCAUCCGAUGAAUCCUGCGUUUGCGCCACCGCAUAAUCCGGUCGGGGAUGCUGAGGAGAGCCUUAAAGAGGCGGACUUCAAGUCUGAGGGCAUAGUGACGACAAAAUCGCAGUAUCAUUUUUACAUGGAAACACAAACCGCAUUGGCUAUUCCUGAUGAGGAUGACUGCAUCACUGUCUACACUGCAAGCCAGGCUUUAGAUUGUCUCCAACAAGUCAUAGCCGGUUGCCUCUCAAUUCCCUCGCACAAUGUUCGUGUCAUCACCCGGCGACUUGGAGGCGCUUUUGGCGGUAAAGCAUUUCGUAAUAUGCAGAUAGCUGCAGCGGUUGCUGUGGCUGCCUUCAAGCUCCGAAGACCGGUCCGCGUCUCUCUUGAUCGCAACACAGAUAUGCAGAUGGUGGGGGGUCGAGCCCCAACCAAGACAAAUUUUACCGUGGGGUUCACGAAGACGGGAAAAAUUACUGCCUUGAAAGCCAAGACGUUGGUGGAAUCUGGUUGGUUUGUAGAUAAUAACGAUUUCAAUCCUAUGCUUAUAACCAGCGGUAUGAAGAAGUACAAUUACGGAACAUUCGACUUGACUACCAUACUCUGCAGAACCAACAAUGUGCCCAAGACUGCCGUGCGGGCACCUGGGGAUGCUGAAGGCUCCAUCAUCGCAGACGCUAUUGUGGAUCACGUAGCGUCCUGUUUGGGCAUUAGUGGCAACCAAGUUCGGGAUGUAAAUCUCCACACCUCAGAGAGCAUUGCCCUCUUUCACGGUGCGGAUGCUGUGGGUGGUGCGGAUGGUUUCACAUUGCCUGCAAUGUGGGAGCGGCUCAAGUCUCGUGCACGUAUAGAUGAGCGAGAGAAGGAGAUUAUGGAGUUUAAUGCGCAGAGCAAAUGGGUGAAGCGAGGCUUAGCGAUGGCAUCGUGCACUUACGGUGCAUUUACAUUUGGAAACACUGCCACUGUGAGCAUCUUCGGUGAUGGUUCUAUUGCUGUAGAAGUUGGUGGUGUGGAAAUGGGACAGGGUUUGUAUACUAAAGUGAGGCAAACCGUGGCGUACUGUCUUAGUCCCCUAUGGAAGAAGAAUAAGGACGUCGACAUGAUCCCAAAUAUCCGGGUUCUCCAAUCAGAUUCUCUCAGUUUACCGAACUCAUUUUGUGAUGGUGGGAGUACAACGUCUGAGGGGUCAUGUGCAGCUGCCCAGCAAGCGUGUGAGGUUUUAGUUCAACGCUUGCAGCCUGUGGUAGAGCAACUCGCCAAGGAUAAAACUGAUGGGGAAGUUUCGUGGGAGUACCUUUGUACGAUGGCCAAAUUGAUGCAAAUUGAUUUGCAGUCUCAUGAGCGUUGGGUUUCUCCCAUGAAACCGUACGUUUUAUUUGGAGCCGGAGCAAGUGAGGUCGAGGUUAACCUGUUAACAGGGGAAACAAGAAUCUUGGCUGUGGAUCUUAUCUACGACUCUGGAAAAAGUAUAAACGUAGCUGUUGAUAUCGGACAGGUAGAGGGUGGCUUCGUGUUUGGUAUUGGAUUUGUUUUGACAGAGGAUGUUGAAAGAGACGCUAAGGGAAAGCUCUUGUCUGAUGGUACAUGGACAUACAAGCCACCUACUAUGGACACAAUUCCACAGAAGUUCAAUGUGGAGCUCUACAACAGCCCCGAGCACAAAGACCGUAUCUUAUCUUCAAAAGCGGUUGGUGAGCCUCCUCUAGUGUUAGUAGGCUCUGUGUACUCUGCGAUUCGCAAUGCCAUCAGAGCUGCGAGGAAAGACCAUCUCGGCAGUAACGCAGACAGUGAUGCCUUCGAGUUCAGCCCACCUGCAACGGCAGACAAAGUGAAGAGCUUAUGUGGACUUGAUAAUGUGGAGCACCAUCUGCUAUCCGCACUGAAACCAUCCAAAACCAUACCGCAUGGAAAACUGGUUUGAAGAUUCGUGGAUCUCACCUGGAGGCUCUCGGCUUAGUAGGGUGCACUUGCUGGUUUGCGGUGACUUGAAAACUGUAUAGUGUGUGAAGUAAUUCUGAUUGAUUUUACUAAUAGCUUAUUACUCUGUGAAAGCCAUUUGAGUAGGACGGAUCACAGGCUAUGUAGACGUUGACGUGUAAAUAUUGGAUAGUCAUACGAGUACUAGUUUUGAAAGUUGCUUCUGCACUUAAGAAUCUCGAAAGCUCCAUUUUCAAGUUUACUUGCAUUUGUGAGCAUUUUCAUGCUCUUUUUCUUUAUUACUCACUCCUGUUGCCAGUUUUGAAAUUAAUACUUAUUGUACCCGCAAAUAGUGCUCGGUUUUUGUAAGCGCAACAUGACUGCAUUUAACUCAA